AUGGCACCUUUUGUCAUUGCAGCGAACCCCGUGCCAACUCCAGCUCCAGCUCCAGCUUCAGCUCCGAGACGCACCAUGCUAGUCGUCGUCCUCUACGAGAUACCACCACAGAAUGGCCAGUUUGGAGCAGAAGGGCGAAGAUUCCACCUGGACCGUGACACCUUGUUCACACUGUUACCGAGAACCAGGUUCGCCGUGAGACGAGGUGCUCUUGAUCUCCGGAGCUUCUUCCUUCCAGAGGAUAUGGAACCCCACCCACCGUCUAUAAUCCAUCGGGCACUGCAUUUUCUCUUCAGCCACCUCGAAGAACACUCGCGAACGGGGACAUUGGACAUGUUUGGAACCGCCGAGCAGCAGAUCGAGCAUGGCUCAGUCCGGACCAGUGUGGUGAAGCGAUGGGCGGCCAUGGUACACGCCUUGUGCGUUGUCCUAAACAACGACAAUGGGCUAGGAUGCUCAGAAAGCCUGCUAGGGCACAUACUCAACUUUUUUGAGCUUCUCAUCCAGGACAUUCACAACCUCAUUGGCUGGGACGAGACGACAAUUCUCUUUGAGGCAUUCGCUGGUGUUUUUCGCACGGAGCGACGGGACCUGACCAGUCAGCUCAAUAGGAUCUGGGACAGAUUCGACCCCGAGGUUCAGGAGCAACUGCUACGCGACAUGAGACGAGCUCUACCGGCUGAAGGCAUCGACGGGAUGGCGCACCGCAUGUAUCGAGCCCUGGGAUACUGA